UCCUACAAUGCGUCGCUGCUGUAAACAGGUCAGACUGUAGUCUACAGAGAAACAGUCUAUGAGACAUGAACUCCUGCAGUCUCUCUGUAGGGGUUAUGUAGCUUUAUGUGAACAGUGAGGAGACUUUCAUUAAGCUCAUGCCUUCGCCUACAGACUUCUUAAAGAAGUAUUGGGUGACCUACGUUCCUGUGGUGGUGAACAUGACUGCGAGUUCUCCAGAAGAACAAAUGCUGGAUAAGCCAGAGCUCGCUUUCCAGCAGUCUGACUUUGACCUUGAGCCAGUCUCAACCACAGUCGAGAAUUCCAGUGUGUCUCCUGUGAUUGUGGAGCAUCUGGUUUCAGCAGAAACACCAGCAGAUGAGAUCGAAGCGCCGGAAGCCGAGCCGCCGAAGAACGAACUCGAGCCCAGCUCUGAGGAUGAAAGUAACGAUGGGGUCCUUUCACCUGUCGAAGAGCCCAACAACAACACCAUGCACAAGCCAGAGAUGGAGAAUAAGAGGAUACAAUAUAGUAGAGACUUUCUUUUGAGCAUCCAGUUCAUGCCUGAUUGUAUGCAGAAACCAGAGGGGCUUCCAUCCAUACCUGAUGUGGUGCUACACAAGUGUAACCAAAAUAAGUUGCCACUGGACCCACAGGGUCUCGGCUCCAGAGACUCAAAUAUCUCAAAUAUUCCAGCAGGAACUGGAAGCAGCUGUUUCAAUUUUUAGUUUUUAUGAUGAUUGACUGUGAGAGGCUUCAGGACGAGCUGGAGGAGGCAAAUAACAAAGCUCACAGAAAA